AUGCCAGAUCCGACAAGUUAUACUCGCAUCUCUUACAAAGAUGCAGAGUCAUCCCUGCCCAACCCAGCGACUGGCGACAUCGCCAAACCGUCUCUCAAAAAGCGUGGAACCCUAGUAGUGCUUGAUGAUGACCCUACGGGGACACAGACCGUGCACGAUAUUACUGUUCUUACGACCUUUGAAAAGGAGGUCCUGAUAGACCAGUUCAAGUCAAAAGAGUCCGGGUUCUUUAUCUUAACCAAUACUCGUGCUUAUCAUCACAAUGAAGCAAGAAUACUCCUCACAAAACUCCUCGAGAAUGUGCAAUCUGCCGCAACAGAAACAGAUACGGGAAUCGAGAUUGUUCUCCGCUCCGACUCCACCCUCCGCGGCCACUUUCCCCUCGAAAACGAUCUAACCUCUUCCCUCUUUGGCCCCUUCGAUGCAUGGGUCCUAGCGCCAUCGUUCUUUGAGGGCGGACGAGUAACGAUGAAUGACGUGCACUACGCACUCGACGCCCACGAUGGUGUUACACUUGUCCCCGUCGGUGACACUCCUUCUGCUGCUGACAAGGGGUUCGGGUUCAAGUCGAGUAAUCUGAAGGACUGGAUCGAAGAGAAGUACGAGUGGAAAGACGUGCCUGAGGUUGUGAGCAUUAGCGUGGAAGAACUAAGGGAAGGAGGAGCCCCAGAGAAGAUAUCUGCCCGCUUAAAGGCCAUCAAACGCACAAAAGAUGGGAGACCGCCCAUCAUAAUUCCGAACACUUUCACUUCAUCCGAUAUGGAAGUGUUUGUCGCAGGGAUAGGUUUGGCACCCGACGUUCGAUUGUUGUACAGGACAGGUGCCAGCUUCGUCUCAGCGCGCCUAGGGAUAGCGAAGAUAGCCCCAGUUCCACCAGAGAAACUGUUCGGGCCCACGAAGCCAGAGACAGACAGCGCACCUGGCGGCCUCACUGUAAUCGGAUCUUACAUUUCCCGCACAACAGCUCAACGAGAAUACCUGCUCGAGCACUGCAACUCACACAUCGUACAUCUCGAGCUUGAUGUCGCUCAACUGCUGGGUCAGAAUGACUCAAACCAAGAUCCUUGGGAUUUGAUCAACUGGACAGCACGGACGGUCGACCAGGUCUUGGAGAAGGGGAUGGAUGCGGUGGUGAGCACGAGUAGGAAGUUGAUCACGAACGAUGAUGGGAAGGAAAGUUUGUUGUUGGGAAGUAUUGUCACAAGUGUGCUGGUGAACAUCGUCAAGGCUAUCUCUGUUAGACCGAAAUACGUCAUAGCCAAGGGCGGUAUCACGAGCAGCGACAUUGCAACAGAAGGACUGGGCAUGAAGAAGGCAAGAGUGGUCGGCCAAGCAGCGACUGGUGUACCGCUGUGGCGAAGUGAGCCCACUGGAAGUCCGAAGUGGCUUGACGUCCCGUACAUCAUUUUCCCAGGUAAUGUGGGUACUACACAAAUGCUGGGUGAUCUAGUAGCCUCGUAUCGAACGCGAUGA